AUGCAAGAGAACUGGGAUUGUGACCCCGACUUUGACCUGCCCCCGUCGCUGCAGGUCGUCGCCGUCGUCGAGGAUGGCCUCCCGAGCGUGGACAAGCGCGGUGCGACGACUUCGGCACUGGCAAGGCGCGGCGACGAACUGUUCGGCCCAACCAGCGCGACGACGACAGGCGCUAGCAUGUGGGGCGAUAAAGGUCUCGACGACUUCGAUGUUGACGACUAUGGGCAGGUCUUACAACCACAUCUUCGCACCAUAGAGCUCGUCACUUCGACCGAUCCUUUCGAGAGAACCGCCGCCAGUGAUGUCGCGUUGCCUCCUCGAACAAAGGACGAAGACGGCCAGCAGUCGACGAGCUCAUCACGGGGCAGCACCCUGCGGGGCCUGAUGACCUCGUUCUCGGGACUCUCGCUCGACUCGCCGACACCUCACGCCGAGAACUCGGAUCCAGAUUCCAUGUCGCUCCAACUCCGCCAGACCGGAGAAGCAAACACCACGCCCAAGAGCGCGACGACUAUCCGGCGCGGAUCACUCCUUUCUCAGCACAUCGUUAUGGCAUCGGCCGGACCAGGUCGCGUGCAUCAUCUUGGCUCAACACCACUCGGCUCAGCUCAGUCCGUCCUCGGCGAUUGGGACGAGGAUCUCGUUGGGCUUGACGCUUUGCCUCUCAACAUUGGGGAACGAUCUUUGCGCGUGAAGCAGUCGUUCGCAAGUCACAUCUCUGACGAUCCAGAAGACGAACGCCUCGAGCGCGGAUUGCCGACGCCUCGCAGCAGUGGGAAGAACUCCAUGAAAGGCUCGCCGCAUCGACGAUCUUCUACGCGGAGCGCGUACACCGAGGACGAAGACGACACCCAGAAUGUCGAGAGCGAUUUCGACUUACCUUCGGACCUUGGCCAAUUCACACUGUCCAAGACAAAACUACAUUCUCGCGCCAACUCGGCUCACUCGCAGAACGCGCUCGGCUCGGCCUUACCCGCAUCAACGCCGUCUCCGAACUCCAUGUCCGUGCCUGCGCUGGUUCGAGGAGGUGAGACGGCAUCUGAAGAUGAUCUCUCGGACGACGAAUCCUUCUUUGAAGAUCUGGUGAUCCCUUCUUAUUUUUUGGGUGGGCCCGGUCACUUGACGCCUCCUUCGGAUGCUGAAAAAGGGGGCCGGACCAACUUACAAGAGGUCCUGAAGCGCAAGCUCGAGGCUCGGGGUGGUCGCGGCUUGGACGAUACCCGCAGCAGUGCGAUUGACCCGAAGAGCAAGGCCCAGACGACGAAGCUGGCGAGCUAUCGCGAAGACGAUGACCACAAGCAAGAUGGCGUGGCCGAGGCCGGCCUCGAGAUCACGGAUGACAUCAAACUCGGUGCAGAGCGACUGAGAACACGAUCGGCACCCCGUCAACCCUCCCUACUCAAAGCAAGAAGGAAGACGACUAGCUCGGCUUUCCGAACCCAAGCUCGGCUCACACUGACCAAGGCGCCGUCGGCGUCGACGGUGCUCCCUCGGCCCGGUAGUACUGAAGGCAAGCCAGUUCGCAGUCCAGGCUCUUCCGCGACGGGCGGCUCGUCCGAGUUACGGUCGACGGCAGCUCGGAGGCCACCGCCCCCGAUUCGCCCCGCGUCUGCUGCAGGAACGGUCGACCGACCUCACCGUGAGCGCCGGCCUGGCCCACCGCCGGCGCCGAGCGCCGCACUUCGAGACCGUGUGCGAACACGUCCGGUCGCUGUGGGACCCACGGCCUCUUCCACGUCCCUGGCUGCGAAGGCAACACUGCGCAUCGACACGUCAAGGGUGGACAGCACACGGAUAGCGUCGAGCUCAACACCACUCACGCCCGCAACACCGUCGGUCACCACUGCGGCCUCCUCGCCUGCUCAGACCGCUUCCUCAUCCCGGACGUUGAGUUCUAAAUGGUCCCAAGGUACCCUUCUCGCCACCCCUUCACGCACCAUCGAGCGCAAGCGUAGUCUCCAAAACUUUGCAUCGCCUGCUCCGAGUCCUUCAUCGUCUCGUCGAGUACCGGCAUCACCUACCCCCGGAUACUCGACCCCCUUUGGAUCACAGAUGUCUUCGAAGCGCCCGCUUCCCACCCCUACCACACCAAUCGCUCCAACAUCCAGCUUUGCCCUCCACACGGCGGCAUCAGCAUCGCGCAAAAGAGAAAGAGUCUCGAGCGGGCCAACAUUUCCGAUGCAGCCACCGAACGAACGGACGCCGCUCCCCUCUCCGUCGCUUCCUUCCGGCGCCUUUUCCGGCCGAGCGCCUCCAACUCAUUCCCGUCCCUCCUCUGCUGCCUCUAUGACUCGCCUCACACAGCCGACGAUGGCGUCACGAGCCAAAGCCCGAACCGUAUCCUCAACAGAGGCGAGCAUGAGUAUCCCAAGGUCGCCUCUAAGCUUCACUGCCUUCCGACGAAGCCCCUUGAGGAACUAUGGUGACGGCUCCGAGCUCGAUGCGUUCGACGACUUGCCGACGAACAAGGAACGAGAGAAGAUGCGCGUCUCGUCGUAUGGCAACGCGGCUGCGAUGAAGACACCGAUACGCGCUCGUCGAGCCCCAGCGCUUGCGACUGUCCGGCCGCCUGGUGGGAACCAUCUUGCUCCUCCCGCUUCUCAAGGGUCACGAGACGCGAAGAAAGCCAGGGUGGAAGGCGAGACGAGGCAUAGGCCCACGAAAAGCAAGGAUGGGAAGCGGAGAGAGCCUCACUUGAUCCGCAAUCUGGGUAGCCACUCAUCCGUCAAAAGUCAGUAGGGCGUCGACGACUCAGACUGUGAUGAAAACUCUAGGCUGACCCGUCAAUUUUUUGUUGAUCUCGCAGCUCACGGAGAAAUGACAUGGAACCCGAGUCUUGGGCGAUGGGAGGGCAAUGAGAAUGUGCUCAAGGAAUUCGAUCGCGUCUUGUCGAGCUCGACGCGACCAGCCCUGAUCACGCAGUUGAGCAGCAGCCUCUCGCCCGGGCGAAUUGCUUUCCCCUCCACAGACGAUGUGUCUCCGACCGAAUCAAGCACUGCUGCAAUCUCGCCUCGAACGGUCAAACUCGCCGCUGCAUCGGCCGCCAACGUUGCGAACGUCAAAGUCGUUGGAUCGAUGGUGUUUGAUCCGGUCAGGAUGAGCUGGCAUUCUUUGGCAGGACCGGACGACGAGGACGAGCUCGAUCUGUUCGGCGACAACGAAUCGAGCACGUCCGCUAAUGGUGAUGGGUGGGAGAAAGGCGAGCGCGAGAGGAUGCUUAAGAACCGAGCGAGCUUUGUCAGAUCAGAUCGGUCAUCGGCGUUCGAGGAUGACGAGCGUAUGACGAGGAUAGAGAUGGAGAGUCGGGAGGCCGUGGAGCGCCAUCGCCUCGAGAUGAAGACAUGGACGAGCCGCAGAUCGACUAUGGAGCCGAUACAGAGGACCUGGCUAUAUGAUCUGAGGAAUGUAUGUUUCUAGUGUUACAUCGUCCCUGCUUUGAACCUGUUUGCUCCCCGGAUGCCGACCUUGAUAAGUUGUCUUCUCACAGUUGAUUUUGGACACUUCGUCGACAAGCUUGUGA